UUCAACAAUCUCACUUCACGAAAGAGACUAUCGAGAUGAAGUCAAUAAUUUCCGUUGCUCUUGGACUGACCCUAUUGGGUCUACUUAAGGCCACACCACUACCAGAGGUCCAAGUGGAACUUCUUGAAAGCCCUGUAGACAAUCCAGAAGAAACUGAAGGUUUCUUUGAAGGUGAUAUAGAACUAGAUGGAGAGACUAGAAAUGCAGUAAAUACUCAUUAUUACCGAAGUGCUACAUGGCCUAAUGGUAUUGUUCCAUACCAAAUUGACUCACACUAUUCAUCAUCAGUAAGAAACACAUACUUACAAGCCAUGAAGGAAAUUGAAGAAGAUACAAAAGUACAUGGAAAAACAUGUGUAAAAUUUGUGCCCAAAACAAGUCAUCACCACGAUUACAUAUAUAUUUUACCACAGACUGGGUGUCACUCUCCGGUCGGUCAUCACACUGGCAGAGGUCUGGUAUCUUUAGGACAUGGGUGUGAAAGGCAAGGAACUGCUAUGCACGAAUUUUUACAUGUUCUAGGAUUCUGGCAUGAACAAAACCGAUAUGACAGAGAUAAAUAUGUAACAAUCAAUUUAAGUAAUGUUGUAUCAGCACAACAUAAAGACUUCAAAAUCCACACAACACAUGAUAUGACAACUUUUGGUGAACCGUACGAUUUUGGAUCUAUCAUGCACUACGGACCAUACUCAUUCGCUAUCGACAAAUCAAAACCAACAAUCAUACCAAAACAUUCACCAGGUGCAAUUAUGGGUCAGAGGUUAGCUCUUUCAAGAGAAGAUGUAGACAAAAUACAAAAACUUUACAAUUGUGGUCAAGAUCUUACUCAUAUUGCUACUCCAGUAGAACCAACUCAUCUCGUUGAAUGUGACUUUGAACAUGGUAUUACAAGUGGUAAAUGUAAUCUCGAACAGUUACAUGAUGACCAAUUCGACUGGACAUUGAAAACUGGUCCAUCUGGAGUCAGUGGAUCUGGUCCUUUGGCUGACCAUACAAACGGCGCAGGACACUACCUUUUGGCCGAUGCUCGCCAUCACCAUAACAAGAAAACAAGGAUUCAAACUACAACACUACCGUCCGGUGUAAACUGUAUUGAAUUCAGUUAUUUUGUUCAUGGUAGCCAGGUGAAAACUUUUUUGAUUCGCGCAGAAGCUCCCAGAAUUCACCACACUAUUAAGCAAUGGAGUGGAAGCCAGACAAAUGGCUGGAUGACACAAAGAAUCAAUAUGAAUGUACCUUUAUCUUGGAAGCUUGUAUUUGAGGCAGAUAUUGGCAGUGGAGAUAGAAGUAUGAUGGCCAUUGACGAUUUAAAAGUUUACCAUGGUCACUGUGUUUAAUAUUAUGUUAAUAUUUAUGUGUCAAAACUUAGUUUGUUUUAUAAUUUAUGUUAUGAAACAUAUUUACAUGGACAUGUUUUGUGGUUGUUUAUCAAUAUUUGAACAAAAGCGCACACUCUGAAAUGUGUCACCUGUUUACUAACCUUGAUUAAUUUAAUGACAGUCUUAAAAUUAAAGGUUUUACUACAAGUA